CGCUCUUCAUGAUGAUUCGAGUAUAGCGUGAGCGAUUUGAGACUGAUGCGAAGAUCAUGGGGCACUGCAGAAUAGAAUUGUGGAGGGCGCGCUUGACCCCAGAUUUCCCGUCCGAAGGAUGGAGUGAGUUCGGAAAAGAUCAUCCCUCCCUGCUCGACUAGCAUAAAUAUUACAGGAUACCUCGAUGGGAAAAUAAUAAUCGUGAUUGCUACUUCUCCAUCUGUAACAAUACCCACGCAACAUGGCUGGCAAAAAGAAUCAGCAGCCAGUUGCGGCUCCAGUUGCGGCACAUCUUGUCGCCCCCAAUGAAGAAGCUCAACACGCCGCCGAUGAUGAAAAGUCGAUGGGCUUGUUCGAAGCUAUGAGGCUGUAUCCAAAAGCCGUCGGCUGGUCGGUUGUUCUUUCGAGUGCGCUGAUCAUGGAGGGCUACGACCUUGCGCUUCUUGGGUCGCUCUACGGGAGCCCAAUGUUCACCCAGAAGUACGGCAUUUUCAACGAGAAGACUGGAAAGUGGGCAGUCCAGCCGAGUUGGCAGAGUGCGUUGUCUAACGGCGCUCGGGCUGGAGAAGUCAUAGGUCUGCUCAUCAACGGAUUCGUAAGUGAGCGCUACGGCUACCGUAAGACUAUGAUUGGUGCUUUGUUCGCCAUGACCGCGUUCGUCUUCAUACUGUUCUUCGCUCCUAACGUCCAAAUAUUGGUAAUUGGCGAAGUCUUUUGUGGCAUCCCGUGGGGUAUGUUCCAGACACUGACGACCCAAUACGCCUCUGAGGUCGCACCGGUACAAUUGCGCCCUAUCUUGACCACCUUUGUAAACAUGUGCUGGGUCAUGGGACAAUUUAUAGCUGCUGGCGUGAAUCGAGCCUGCGUUCUGCGCGAAGACCAGUGGGCGUACAGAAUUCCUUUUGCCAUCCAAUGGAUCUGGCCUCUUCCAAUUGCUAUUGGGGUAGCUCUCGCCCCAGAAUCGCCUUGGUGGCAUGUCCGUCGAGGCGACAAGGCUGGUGCCAGAGCCGCACUGCUCCGUCUCACAUCGGCAGAUUCAAACUUCAACCCUGACGAGACUAUUGCUAUGAUCGAGCAUACCAAUGAGAUGGAGAAGAACAUGAAGGAGGGAACACGUUGGAGGGACCUUUUCAAGGGUACUGACCUUCGAAGAACCGAGAUCGUUUGUUUCGCGUGGAUCGCGCAGACCAUCUGUGGUACCAAUAUCAUGGGUUACUUCGCGUACUUCAUGCAGCAAGCAGGACUUCCGACCGUGCAGUCGUUCAACAUGUCGAUGAUAUCACUCGCACUUGGUCUGAUCGGCACAAUGGGCUCGUGGUUCCUGAUGCAGAAGCUUGGCCGUCGUACUAUCCACUUCUCUGGAGCUUGCACGCUGUUUGUGCUCUUGAUCAUCGUCGGCUCGUGCUCUUUCGCUGGAAACGAAGCUUCAAACUGGGCGAUUGGCGCCGUCUUGAUUGUGUUCGUCUUCGUCUACGACUUCACAAUCGGUCCGGUCACAUAUUCUAUCGUUGCCGAGAUGCCGUCGACACGUCUGAAGUCGAAGACAAUUAACCUGGCUCGAGCGCUGUACAAUGUAUCUAACAUAGUCGUCAACGUCUUGACAAACUAUCAACUCGGUAGUGGUGGUUGGGCUUGGGGAGCGAAGACGGCAUACUUCUGGGCCGGCACCUGCGGCUGCGUGGUUGUUUGGGUAUACUUUAGACUGCCUGAGCCUAAGGGCCGUACGUACGCCGAGCUUGAUGCACUGUUCGAGGGUAAAUUCGAUGCAAGAAAGUUCGCCAGCACGCAGGUGGACCCGUACGGUCGUGGCAUAGGAGUGGAGAAGAUCGGUGGAAAGGAGGCGAUUAACCCUGAGUGGAAGGAGUGAACAGCUGCGCGUUCUGUCUAGCCAUGCUCUCAUGUUGUGGAAAUGACCGGAUACAACCUUGGUAAAAGGAGGUGUUCAGCGAUGAUUUGCACAAGAACAGUAUGUCAACAGGGCUACUGGACAGUGGAGGCUAUUGUUCCGCUAUACUCAGCUCUCUUCGAGACAUAACAGCCACGCAUCAAAAAUAAGCAUGCAAAUAUGACCACAAAUUCAAUGACCG